CAGGCAGAGCCAAUAGCCAGCGGAACCCCCACACGCACGCACCGUCGCCUCCAGCUCCACAUCUCGCUCGCUCGCUCGCUCACCGCGGAAGCCGCCUGCUAGGGUUCGACCUCCGCCAUGGACGCCGCCUCGCUCAUGGGCCCCUCCUCCGCCGACGCGCCCACCGACGGGGAGCACCGGAUGGGCACCACCAUCGUGGGAGUCUGCUACGACGGCGGCGUCGUGCUCGCCGCCGACUCCAGGACCAGCACCGGAAUGUAUGUGGCAAACCGUGCUUCGGACAAGAUUAGUCAGCUGACUGAUAAUGUCUACGUCUGCCGCUCUGGAUCUGCAGCUGACACGCAAGUUAUUUCGGAUUACGUGCGUUAUUUUCUCCACCAGCACACAAUCCAGCUUGGGCAACCAGCUACCGUGAAAGUUGCAUCCAACUUAGUUAGGUUAUUGGCCUAUCAGAACAAGAGCAUGUUGCAAGCUGGAAUGAUAGUUGGUGGAUGGGAUAAAUACGAGGGAGGCCAGAUUUACUCGGUCCCUCUUGGUGGAACGAUUCUGAGGCAACCAUUCGCAAUUGGAGGAUCCGGUUCCAGUUACCUGUAUGGAUUGAUGGAUCAUGAAUGGAAAGAGGGUAUGACCCAGGAAGAAGCUGAGAAGUUUGUGGUCAAGGUGGUUUCCCUUGCUAUUGCUCGUGAUGGUGCUAGUGGAGGGGUUGUCCGCACUGUUACUAUUAACGAGGCGGGUGUUAAGAGGAGCUUCCACCCUGGUGACAAACUGCCACUGUGGCAUGAAGAGAUGGAGCCCCAAAACUCUCUCCUCGACAUUCUCGCAGCCGGGAGCUCUGAUGCGAUGGUCCAGUGAAAUCCUGUUGUACUGAUGACUUGUUCUAGAUUUGAGCCGAACGUUGCUUGGAGGAAUAGAUUCUGCUGGCACCAACUUGUUUUCCACCUUGUUAUUACAACUUAAAAUAGUUUUGGUGUUCAUGCGUCUACGAAUCAUCUUUAUGGAUAUGUGCCUUGCGGUGAA